ACGUGACAUACUAGAAAUGAUUGCCUAGUGUCUUCUGUCCAGACGCGCAUCACAAGCCAAAUAAAAACUAUCACUUGGUUCAUGAAGCGCGCACGACUGACAUAAUUUUCCAGGACAACAACAGGUAGCCGAUUGCGUGUGUAAUAACAUGAGUUCUUCGGAAGAUGAUAUACCCAUUGUCCAACGGUCCAAACGGAUAUUAGACGACAGCGAAGACGAUGUACCAAUUUCCCAGCUUCCAAGCUCCGUGAAAAAGAAGGUCAAACGAGAAACUGAUGAUCUGGUUUCUUUAAACCACCCCAAGUCAAAAUCAAGCAAUGGGACAUCAAAGUCUUCCUCCAACGGGAACAUCAAGACUCCCAAAAAGGAACGAACCAAGAAGACCCCUCUGGACAAGAAAAAACCAAACAAGUCGCUCCAAGUCAAACUGGAAGAUAAACCCACGAAACAGGAAGAAGACGAAGAAGAAACUGAAGAAACCUACAAAUGGUGGGAGGAACAAGAAGACCGAGACGGCGAAAUCAAAUGGGACAGCUUGGUGCACAAUGGGGUGCUAUUUCCUCCCGAAUAUGAACCAUUACCGUCUCAUGUCAAAUUAUACUAUAAUGGAACACCCGUGAAUUUGCCCCAGGAAGCAGAGGAGGUGGCAGGAUUUUUUGGAGCUUUGGUAGAAACUGAUCACGGAAAGAACCCGGUGUUCCAAAGCAAUUUCUUCAAGGAUUUCCAGCAGGUGUUGAAAGAAUGUGGUGGAUGCAAUGUUGAAAUUGAAAAGUUUGAGCACUUGGAUUUCAGCAAAAUGUAUGCCCACUUUGAACAGUUGAAAGAAGACAAGAAGAAGAUGUCCAAGGAGGAAAAGAGAGAGAUCAAAGAGGAUAAAGAAAGGCAAGAAGAACCUUACAGGACCUGUUUGUUGAAUGGCAGAAAGGAGAAGAUCGGGAACUUUAGAAUCGAACCUCCAGGAUUGUUUAGAGGAAGAGGUGCCCAUCCCAAGACCGGUAGGUUGAAGCGGAGAGUGUUCCCCGAAGACGUCACAUUGAACUUGAGUGAGGGGGCUCCGGUUCCACCACCCCCAGAAGGACAUAGCUGGGGUGACGUGAAGCACGACAAUACCGUCACCUGGUUGGCUAUGUGGAAAGAAAACAUCGCUGAUUCGUUCAAGUACGUCCGCUUUGCCCAGAACUCAUCUGUGAAGGGGUUGUCAGACUUCAAGAAAUUCGAAACCGCCAGAAACUUGAAACACCACAUCGAGUCGAUUCGUAAAGACUAUACCCAGUCGUUGAAGUCUGAAUUGAUGCAAGAACGGCAGAUGGCCACUGCCACCUACUUGAUCGAUAUAUUUGCCUUAAGAGCCGGCGGAGAGAAAGGUGACGACGAAGCUGACACAGUUGGGUGCUGUUCCUUAAGAUAUGAGCAUGUAACUUUACGACCUCCCAACACGGUGAUCUUCGAUUUUUUGGGUAAGGACUCGAUUCGGUUCUACCAAGAGGUGGAAGUCGAUAAGCAGGUGUUCAAGAACUUGAAGAUUUUCAAGAAACCUCCUAAACAGCCGGGAGAUGACCUAUUUGACCGAAUCAGUCCUCCCUUGUUGAAUAAGAAGUUCCAGACAUAUAUGAAAGGGUUGACGGCCAAAGUGUUCAGAACUUAUAAUGCUUCAAAGACGAUGCAAGACCAGUUGGAUUUGAUCAAAAAUGAAGGCACGGUUGCCGAGAAGGUGGUACGGUUUAACGCCGCCAACCGGACGGUGGCCAUAUUGUGUAAUCAUCAGCGUACGGUUAGCAAGUCCCACGGGAACAGUGUCCAGAAAAUCAACGAUAAGUUGAGGGAGUUGAUGUGGAACAAGAUCCGGUUGAAGCAAAUGAUGCUCGAGCUUGACCCCAAGUUGAAGCGUAAAGAUCCCAAGUACUUUGCGGAAAUCGAGGACUUGAGUAAAGAAGACAUCAUGGUGAUCCAAGAAAAGAUCUUGGAGCGCACCAAGGAACAAGUGGCUAAGAAGUUUGAACGAGACAACGAGAAGUUGAAGGCCGAAAGUAAAGAUCAAUUGACCGCCAAUGACUUGAAGGAAAGAAUGCAAAAAGUUAAGGAACUACAGGCCGAGUUCAAAAUAGAGUUGGCGUCCGGAAAGCCUGAAAUCAAAAAGUCGGUAACGGUUGAAAAAUUAAAGCUGCAAGUGGAACAGAUAGAGCAACGGAUUUUGAACACUCAAUUCCAGUUGAAAGACAAGGAGGACAACUCGGAGGUGUCGUUGGGCACGUCCAAGAUGAAUUAUAUCGAUCCUCGGUUGACGGUUGUGUUCUCCAAAAGGUUUGACGUUCCUAUUGAAAAGUUGUUCACAAAGACGUUGCGUGAAAAAUUCACCUGGGCCAUCGAGUCAGCUGAUAAGGACUGGCGGUUUUAGGCAAUUCCACAAAUAUCUAGACUCAUGUAAUAUACAUAACCCCGAAA